CGUAUAUAUGAGUCAAUUGGAACCAUUUGAACAUCAUUACAGUAAUCAAUAUUAAGAGGUAUUCGGAUGUUGUCAUUAAAAUCGAAACUAUUAUUCUGAUAAAGUCAUCUGCAAAGAAUGUGGAAUAUUUUUAAAUAAUGUAAUCACAAUUCAUUAUUUAUGAUAGCCAAAUACUAGAGUAUACAAAACUCUAAAAAUGAAAUUCAGUGCCUUUUUCAAUCCCAUCAAAGUGUUAUAGAAUAUCUUAUCUGAAGGUUUCCCAAAAGGACCUAUUAAGCAACGCUAACAGAUCAUCGAAUUCAUAUUGCAGGCUUCCGAAAGAUUAAAUCUAACAUUAAAUACGUCCUUUUUAGCAAUUAAUUACAUAGAUGAAUAUUUGAGCAAGGUUACAAUCAAUGAAAAUUAAACCUACUUAUUCGUAGCAACUGCUUUGAUGUUAGCAGCCAAGGCUUAAGAACUUGAUGAACGAGUGCCCUUCAUUAGUAAACUGAAAAGAUAUGCUUCAAUGACGAAUCAUCCAGAAAUCAGUCAAUAUUCAACCAGAGAAUACAAAUUUGCAGAGAGGUCCUUGAUUCAGACCAUGGAGUGGAAAUUGCAAAGAGUCACUUUACUUGAUCGAAUAGAAGCUAUUCUCUCCUUCGGAGUCAUAGAUGAUGAUGACAGUUUGGGAUAAUAGCAACAACAAAAGGAAAACAAAGAUAGUUCACAUUAAUAGCAUGUAAAACUAAGAGAUCUCCAAGAAAAUCAAAUCUUACUUUACGUGAAAGAAGUUGAAAACAAAUACGCAGACGUAGCAUUGCAAAUCAUAAGAGGUAUCAGAAACAAAGUAAUUAUUAGAUGAUCAUCUGUAUUUCGGAACAGAUCAAACGAUCUUAGCACUCUCUUGCGUAGCCUAUUUAAGAAAGAAAGCAGGAUUACUGAACAUAUGGUCAUAACAAUUACAGUGUCUGACUGGUAUAAGUGCUCAGAAGGUUUCAUCAUCAGUCUCCUAGAUUAUGACACUGAUUGCUAAAAGUAAAAGCUUUAAAACUAUAACCAAUCUUUAAUUAACUCCUUAAGAUAUCUACUUCUAACCUCUUAUGCCGAACAAUACACUGACAACCAUAAGCACCAAUCAUCUCAACAAUCGAGCCUACCCUUUCGAAUCCAAAAGAUAAUCCUAUGGUGAUAUCAUGAUGCAGAGUAGUAAAUUGAAGAUUCCUUUAUAUCAAUCACAAUCGACUGUGCAAAUAGCUGACAUCCAGAAACAGAACCAUCUGUAUAAGCAUGCCAAUUUCACUACUGCCACCAACUAUUCAUAUCUCAAUGAGAAUCCUGUUAGUCACAUUGUAUAAUAGUUUGCUGUUCCGUAAAAUCAAGAACUUGACAAAAAGUAUGAGCAAGUACAUAAAGUAAGUGGUAGUAUGUUCAGAGCUGUUCAAUGA